AUGGCCGUACUCAAGAUUAUGAUAUGCGGUGCCGGCAUUGCUGGUAACUCCCUUGCAUAUUGGCUAUCACAACAGGGGCACGACAUAACAGUUCUCGAGCGACAUCCCGACUUAAGGUCUACUGGCCUCCAGAUCGACAUCCGCGGACAUGGAAUAGAGGUCUUGAAGCGAAUGGGUCUCGAGACUGAUUUCCGCAACGCGGCGGUCAAAGAACAAGGACUCGAGUUUGUGAACAGAAAUGGGAAAAGAGUUGCAUACUUUCCGGUAAACGCGACCGGCGAAGGGCUUCAAAGUUUCACCACGGAUUACGAGAUCAUGAGAGGUGACCUGAUCCAGCUAUUGUACAACAAGGUCAAGGAUCGUGUACGCUUUGUGUUUGGGGCAUUCAUCGAGAACUUCAAACAGCUAGACGAUUCUGUCGAAGUUGAGCUUUCAAAUGGCAAUAAGGACCGCUAUGACCUUCUCAUUGGUGCCGAUGGGCAGUGGUCUCGUACCCGGAAGCAGAUGCUUGGAGCUCAGGCGAAAGACCCAAUCCACUUGCUUGGAGUCUAUGCUGGUUACUUCACCAUACCUCGCAAAAUUACGGACAGGGAGAUAUACAAGGGAACGGCCUACAUUGCUCCAGGCAAACGACUUUUGUUCACCCGAAGGCACCAAAAGGACCGCAUUCAGGUGUAUCUGGUAGGCCUGACUGAUUCUGAUCGAGUCCUGGCUGCUCGCAAGGCCGGCAUUGAUCAAGAAAAGGCCGUGCUCGCAGAGCUGUUUCGUUCCGCUGGCUGGUGCUCUGAAGAACUAGUCAGACAAAUGGAAGAGUCUGACGACUUUUAUUGCGAGCACAUGGGUGUUGUCAGGAUCGACUCCUGGACUCAAGGGCAUGUUGCACUUCUGGGAGAUGCAGCCUCCUGUCCUACUGCAACAACCGGAAUGGGCACGACAUCUAGUUUAGUCGGUGCCUACAUUCUCGCUGGAGAGAUCAUGGCUCGCUGUGGCGGACCUAAUGGCUCCAAGGAGGAUCUCUCAUUGGCCUUGCAUAGUUAUGAAGAGCGCUUCCGGCCUUUCAUGGAAACGGUUCAGAAAGGGAUCGAGAAAGACAAGACCUACUGGCAUAUGAUGCCAUCGGGUGCAUUCAUGCUUGCUAUUCUGAAUUUCAUCUUGUCUGUUGCAUCUUUUUUCAGAUUAGACGUGCUUGCCAAGCACAUCAUGAGGGAGGAUACAGGUAGUUGGAAGCUUCCAGGCUAUGAGGGAAUGGACAUGAGGAAGAGCAAGAAGUAA